AUGCAUGAAAUUGGAGACCAGCAAAAUUUACGAUUUGCAACGGUUAAAAAUUUCACUGAUCGAAAUUUGCGAACAAAAGAAAAAUUUAUAAUCAUAUGUUAUCUUGUAUCUGUUACUGAACGCACUUUUCCAGUUGAUAUCAACAAUAUCAAACCGUUGAGCAUCUUAAGAAAGGCAUUUAUUAAAGACUUGAUUUUGGCCAUAUUGCUUGCAGACAAAUCGAAAUAUUGCAAAGAAAAAUUAACCGAUGCUGUUAUCAAAGACGUACAAGAAGCACCAGAGAAAGAAGAGGACAAAAAUAUUGGUAUUAUAAUAUCAAUACAAUUGUUCUAG